GGCGACAACUGCAGGGGUGGCGUUGCCGGCGACGUCCGGGCUUGGCGCCGGUGCGUGCGCGCUGCAGGAGGCAGGCCGGGAGCCGGGAGCUGGGAACCGGGAGCCGGGAGUCAGGAGCCGGGAGCCAGGAGCCCGAGCGGGAGCUGAGAGGCGGCCCCUCGGCGGAGCCGGGGCCCAGCUGCUGCAGCGGGCGUCAUGGCCAUGGACGUGGCUGAAUACCACCUGAGCGUCAUCAAGAGCCCCCCUGGCUGGGAGGUGGGUGUCUACACUGCUGGGGCCCUGGCACUGCUGGGAAUUGCAGCUGUGAGUCUGUGGAAGCUCUGGACAUCGGGGAGCUUCCCCAGCCCCUCCCCGUUCCCAAACUACGACUACAGGUACCUUCAGCAGAAGUACGGGGAGACCUAUGCAGAAGCCAAGCAGAAGAGAGUGCCUGCCUGGAAUGCCCAGCGGGCCAGCACUCGGGGACCACCCAGUCGCAAAGGCAGCCUCAGCAUUGAGGACACCUUUGAGAGCAUCAGCGAGCUGGGGCCCCUGGAGCUGAUGGGCCGGGAGCUGGACGUGGCCCCCUACGGGACUCUCCGCAAGUCGCAGUCGGCUGACUCCCUGAACUCCAUCUCCUCCGUGAGCAACACCUUCGGGCAGGACUUCACGCUGGGCCAGGUGGAGGUGAGCAUGGACUACGAUGCGGCCUCCCACACCCUCCACGUGGCCGUGCUGCAAGGCAAGGACCUCCUGGAGCGGGAAGAAGCCGGCUUCGAGUCCUGCUUCAUGCGCGUCAGCCUGCUGCCCGAUGAGCAGAUCGUGGGCAUCUCCCGGAUCCAGAGGAAUGCCUAUUCCAUCUUCUUCGAUGAGAAGUUCUCCAUUCCCCUGGACCCUGCCGCCCUGGAGGAGAAGAGCCUGCGGUUUUCUGUGUUUGGCAUCGAUGAGGAUGAGCGGAACGUCAGCACGGGGGUGGUCGAGCUGAAGCUCUCUGUGCUCGACCUCCCGCUCCAGCCCUUCGGCGGCUGGCUGUACUUGCAGGACCAGAACAAGGCUGCCGACGCCGUGGGCGAGAUCUUGCUGUCCCUCAGCUACCUCCCGACGGCUGAGCGCCUCACGGUGGUGGUGGUGAAAGCCAAGAAUCUCAUCUGGACCAACGAGAAGACCGCAGCAGACCCCUUCGUCAAGGUGUACCUGCUUCAGGAUGGGCGGAAGAUGAGCAAAAAGAAGACGGCUGUGAAGAGGGCUGACCCUAACCCAGUGUUCAACGAAGCCAUGAUCUUCUCGGUGCCGGCCGUAGUACUCCAGGACCUGUCUCUCCGUGUGACGGUGGCUGAGAGCAGCAGUGACGGCCGAGGGGACAACGUGGGCCAUGUCAUCAUUGGGCCGUCCGCCAGCGGCAUGGGCACCACACACUGGAACCAGAUGCUGGCCACGCUGCGCAGGCCCGUGUCCAUGUGGCACCCCAUUCGGCGAAACUAGCAGCCGGCAAAACGGGCCAGGGUGGGCACCGAGCUGCCCGGGGCCUGGCCCAAGCUCGGCUCCGAUGCCCCUCCCUAGUCCAGCGGGAGCCACGAAUGCUGGGGUCCCCCACCGGAGCCCCCAUGAGCCAUCUUGGUCCUUCCGUCCAGACUGCAGUGGAGGAGCGGGCCUGGCCGGGUGUCUAGGGACCCAGGGUUUUCUCCCACAGAGGGCCAGCUGGGGCUGGGCCACGACCCAGGAAAGGCAGCCCGGCACUGGCCCAUCGUGCUCCCAUUUUGAGAUCCCCAACCGGCCUCUCCCUUGGCCUGGGGCUUUGGGGCUUGGGCUCUCCACACCCCACCCGUGCUGGGAGGCCAGUGCUAAGCUGGGUCAUGUACGGGAAAUGGGUGAGUCUUGGGGGCCAGGCGCUGUGCUAGACACCAGCAGACAUGACAUGAAGAGGACACGGCCCUUAGGAUGUCCGGAAGACAAGACCCCCCUGCCCUGGGGAUCUGCUCAGUGCUGAAUGGGGACGUGGCAGAGCUCUGGGAGCUGCGAGGACAAGAGGAGAGCCAUGCCCUGAGUGGCAGGAGAAGAACUGAGUCUGUCCCAGGCGGGCAGCCAGCCAAAGCAAGGCAGGGCCAUGAACUGCCCUGUCACAAACUGUCCUCAGCCUACUGCAGUGGACACAAGGGCCCUUCUCUGGGCAGGGGAAGUGACCAGGAGAGCAGGCCAAUCAGAGGCCUGCAGCUGGAGGCUGGCUCUGGAAUGAUGCUCUAUGCAAUCUGCUCCCUUGAUCCAUAACCCGUGCAAGGCCCAGAGGUCCGGAGAAGCCCAGAGCCAGGUCCUUGUGUUCAGUCCCAACUGCGUUAGGCACUGGCUCCAUACCUCCAGGCCAGGCCCUGCUGGGAAGAGAGAUGCUCCAGCCUGUGGGCAGCGGGGUGGAGUACGGAUGGCAGGGGGUCCGUGAGCUCUGUUGUGUGGUUGGCACCCCAGAAGGGUCCUGCCCAGGAGCAAAGGGGCUGGGCUGUUUCGCCUGCACAGGGCUUUGGCUACCCCUCCCCCCCCCACCUGUAGCUGGAGGAAGAACGUGUGCACUUUCCAGCCGUCACCUGCUGAGGCACCCCAAAGGCAGCCCCAGGGAAGCAGGCAGCUGAGGGGUGGGUGCCCCAGCCGGUUUUGAGGGAUGGGGUGGGGAGGGUGGCGUGCAGCGCAUCUGCUCCCUGGGGCCCCCCACAGGUCAGGGCCUGGCUCUCAGCCUGGCAGCCUCUGGCCCUGGUGAGCUAUCGAGACCCAGGCCCAACCGGUCACCCGGAGCGCUGCUGGGAGAGCCCAGGGUGGUCAUGGGACUGGAGGCAGAACUGUGGCUCUCCCCACCCAACGCGGCUGUGGCCCAGCCCUGAGGCCAGCACCAGGAGGUCUGCACGGCUGGCGCAGGGUCCAGGGGCACAGCUGGUGAGCCUCCACAGCCAGGGAGACCCAGAGUCCGCCCCAGUGGCUAUGCCGCAAGCAGUCCUUUUACACUCACCUUCUCUUCCCCCUCUUUCCCUCCCUGUAACUGCAUGAAAUGUGGACUGUGUACCCUGGACGGGUGUGGUGGGGACCGAGUCUGCUGACUGGAAUGAUUCUAGAACCAAAAUAAAGCUGGGGCAGGAAGGAGGGGGCUUCCGGGGAGCUUUGCUCAGCCCCAAAUCACCUUAGUCUCUUCUCCAGGAAUCAGGGACUUGGGUCU